GGUGAGGCAACUGGAACAAAGGUUCCGGGACUUGGCACGGUACAUACCCGAGUACGCCAUGGAUGAGAACCGUAUGGCUAAUCACUUCUGGGACACCCUACACUUGGAUAUCCGUGAUCGGGCUACCUACAAUCAUCACAUGACCUUUAGUGAGAUUGUGGAUCAGGGGCUACUUGGGGAAGCCAAGUGGAAUGAAAGGAAGAAGAGAGACGCCGAGGAGGCGAAGAAGAGAAGAUGGGGGAAUUCUGGACCCCAAGACCAUUCUCGGAAGCAUCACGCCGGGAAUGGAAGAUCAUUCAGGGCGCCGGAACCACCGGCAAAGAAGAGUAAGGGCCCAGGAGGGCAAGGGCAUAGCUCGGGGAGCGUGAGGCCACCAAGGUGUCCAAACUGUAACAGGAAUCACUCCGGGAAGUGCAAUGAACCACCCCGGUGCUACAAGUGUGGUAGCACAAGCCACCUCAAACCCUCUUGCCCAAUGUUGAGUGGAGGUGGGCCAUCGGGAGCUGUGGAGGCACCUACGUCUGGAAGGGGUCAUGCAGGACCAUCUCAGGGCGGCACGGGAAGGGGCGGACCUACGGCAAGCAAUGCCGCGUCCGUUAACCAAGGUAGGACCCAGGCACGAGUGUAUGCAAUGACCGAGGCGGAUGCGCGAGCAAACCCGGACUCCGUUGCAGGUUGAGGCUAGAGUCCUACUACCUGCACCUUCGCCUAGGGUGAUUGAUCAAGGAGGAAGACGUGGUUCGUGCUUCCAUUCUUAUUCAAAAUUGAUGAACUGCUCAUGGAUAUAUUUUUAACAAUGUUUUCUAUUAAAACAUUUGGGGGCCUGCGUGCCCGUAUUUGCCACAUGUGGCUAAGUAUCAAACAUAUCUUAUUUUCCGCAUUUGUUUGACUAAUAUAUAUUGAUGUUGAUUGUAUGGGUUUACUAAUCGGCUUGGCAAUAGAACUUAACGGACGCCUUGUAUGAUUUGAUAAGGAUGAACUACGUUGUUCUUAUUGGGUUGUACGGCGGUUGUCUACGUGGCACGGACGCGGUCCGGGGCGUGACACGGUGAAUUUGGGAGAAGAGUUGGUGGGGUGUGGCGAUUUGGUUCUUUGACUAGCAAAAGAGAAAAGCGAGAGGGAAGGCCUGAGGAGCAGGGAUGGUCAUGUUCAAGGCAGUGCAGAGCGGCUCUCUAUUCCGGCUGGAGGAGAAUCGGUGCACGGACUUCAAUGCAGGGACACUUUUCUAGCAGUUCCUCCACAAGGCUGCGUCUAGGCGGCUGCCACCAGAGACUUCGAGUGCAGAAUUUUCAGCCGACUGUAUAUUGUCUAUUCAAAUAAAAUGUUUGGACAAGUAUGUAGAAUAAUAUUCCGUAUUAUCAUUUGAACAAUU